AUGUUUUCAGGAGGAGUCAUCAGCAAAGAGCAAUGUCGAAUCGGAGACGACUGUGGCAGUUGUGUAAUUACUCAAGAAGGCGACAAAUGUACGGAGGAAAUCACACAAGAGUCACUAUAUUGUGAUGUAAAAACAAACAAGACCGACUUGCAUGAAAAUGCAUUUCUCAUCUGCAAUCUGCUCAAAAAUCGGAUAGAACGUAAGAUCUGCGGCACUGGUCAGUACUUCAUCGAUGGUAAAUGUCGAAACGGUCAUGUUCGCUACAAACGGCAGGGCAUAGCCGGCUCAGGACGAGUCGGCGAUUUCUGCUCGUUCAACACCGAUUGUCUCACGCAGGCAAUGGCUAACGUAAAGACGGCAAUGGAGGGCGUUUACGACCUGCACCCAGCCGCUGAUGGAAUUUGCUGUCCUAAUCGGGCGUUUACCUGCAUUCAACCGAAACGUGAGGCAGACACCGGCUCAGCCGCACCGGCAGGUGUGCGACCGCGUUGGUGGUACAAUGCCGUCACAGGCACCUGUGAGCAGUUCAUGUGGGAUCCAUGGGAUGAGACCGAGAUGCAAUCGCCCAACAACUUUAAGACUCGUGAACACUGCGAAUCCUACUGCAGAGACAGUGAGUUUGAAUGUUUCAUAUGA